AUGAGUUCCGUCAAACUCGCACCGAGGCUCGUGACUGUUGCUGCUUGCCAGCUGGGUCCUAUUCAUCUCUCGGACUCGCGUCAGGAUGUCUUGAAACGCAUGUGUCUGCUUCUGGACCAAUGUGCGAAAGAAGGCGUCAAGCUUGCUGUUUUCCCGGAGCUAGCUUUCACCACAUUUUUCCCACGAUACUUCCUUGAGGGAAAGAAUUUAGACCAGUACUUUGAAAUUGAAAACCCGAGUGAAGGUGGAAUCGAACAGUCAGCCAAUGUGAAACCUCUCCUUGAUCAUGCCAAAUCACUCGGCAUUGAUGUUUAUGUCGGCUAUGCGGAAAGGAGCAUUCAAUCAGACGGCUCCCACAUUGAUUAUAAUUCCUCUUUAUACUACUCUUCACAAGAGGGUAAAGUCAUUGGAAAGUACCGCAAAGUUCAUCUCCCUGGCUCAGUCGAGCCUCAUACCGAGCCUGGUUCAUUCCAACAACUGGAAAAACGAUAUUUCCGCAAUGGCGACUUAGGAUUCCCUGCUUUCAGGGCACCAGGUCUCGUAAAUGGCGCUCUGAAGAAGUCUAGAGAUAUCAGUGAUGCAUCACAAACAGCUGGAAAAGGCGAUCCCAUCAUUGGCAUGCUAAUUUGCAAUGAUCGACGAUGGGCGGAAGCAUGGCGAGUGUACGGACUCCAAGGAUUGGAGCUUAUGUGUUGUGGAUAUAACACUACUGCCUUCCGCUCCACAUCUACUGGUCAUCCAGUACCGGGUCUUAGUCCCGAGGCAGCGGAAGAGGAGAUGACGUUCCAUCACAAGCUCUCUUGCCAGGGCAAUAGUUACAUGAAUGCUUGCUUUAGCAUUAACGUCGCCAAAACAGGCUCAGAAGAUGGACAUCCGCUGAUUGGUGGUACUAUCAUUGUUCACCCGCUUGGACAUAUCAUUAAGGAAGCCAAGACUAAGGAGGAUGAGAUAGUUGUGGCCACCAUCGACCUAGCCGACUGCCGUCAACUCAAGACAAGUGUGUUUGCAUUCGAAAAACAUCGUAAACCCGAGAGUUAUCACUCUAUCAUUGAGCGCACGGGGCCUAUUGAACCAGAGCUGUUGUGA